CAGUAUGACAUGCAGAUGAGUGCCGUCGAUCUUAGAAUCACCGCACACUUCACUCAUUUGGGCAGUCACGGGGCCAAAACCAGAGUGUGGAGCCACAGUGUGGCGGUGGAGGCAGCAGCAAUGGGAGGCCAUACAGCACCCUAUGACAAAAAUGUAAACUACCAGCAGUGUGAGGAGACCUGAAAGUGGCACAUGGCAGAGUGUGGCGAUGGAGACAGCAGCAAUGGGAGGCCGUACAGGGACCCAUGACACACUCUGGACCUGGCAGCAGCAUGAGGAGGCGGUACAGGGGCCCAUGGCAGAUUACGGGCCUGGCAGCAGCAAUGGGAGGCCCGUAAUCUGCCAGCACCCUAUGACAAAAAAUGGAACACACCAGCAGUGUGAGGAGACCUGAAAGUGGCACAU